UGAGCUACAUAGGCAUGUCCAAGCUGUGCAGAUAGAUCGAUGGAUCUGCAUUAUUUGCUGAAAACAACGUCAUGGUCACUUCUUCAAACUGACUUCCGGAUCCAGCACGCCACAUCACCAGUAUGUGGAACAACGUAUUGUUUGUGGUGGCAAUCUCCCGGGAGCUGGCAGCAGCAGGGCAACAGGCACCUUCCAGAAGCCUGGACGGGAAGUCCUUAUCCGCAGAGGAUGCAUGUAAGGACGCUCACAGAUUGAAGCAGCAGGAUCUUCACAAGGAAGACCAACAAGUGAUUCUUCUCAACGGAGAUUUCAGUCUCUCUUUGAACGGUUUAAGGGAGAUCAGUUACGAAUGUUGGUUCCAAGUGAUAAGCUCAGACCAUCUAGUAGCCACACCUGAGCAGGUGUUUAACGCAGCACUCAGUUGGGCUGCGGCAGAAUGUGAGAGAAGGUCCAUGGAACCAUCCCCUGCAAAUAUGCGUGCUGUUCUGGAUAGAUCUUUGUAUGAAAUCAGAUUUGCCGAAAUGAACCACUCAUUUCUUCUCAAAAGCGUGUUUCCUUCAAAGGUGCUGACACACGUUGAGCAGAUGGUUGUGCACGAUUUGGUUGGAUGUGAAAGAAGUAUCUUCCCUGUCCAAGAUAGACGUGAUCCCCUAAUGGAUGUUUUCCUCUACAAAUCUCACAGACAACCUGAGAUUUAUCUCUGUCCGCCUUAUGACGGGGCUGAUGGGGAGACAUGGGAAAGUACGGAGUUCAAUACAGAUGACAGGACAUUUGAGAGCAGUGAGGAUGUGUGGAUGUAUGGUAUAUACACAUUCGGGACUUUCGAGAAAGGGAGGCAACCUCGGGAAUACAUCAUAUGGAUACGCACGACUGGUGGGGAAACCCUUAUGUGGGAAAGCCUCUUGGCAACCAACACUUCAAGAAACCCUUACUCAGAUACGAUAUCCGAGUUGUACUUUGAUAGUCCAAUCAGACUACAAAAGCAUGUGACACAUAAUAUCGAUAUUACGUUGAUGAGCAAGGAGGUACCUGAAUUUUGUGGUGAGGGUCUUAAUUACGAAGCAAACAUUGGACGAUUUGAAUUUAAACUAAUGUUCCAAGCGAAAUCCCAGGGUUGUUUUCAAGUUGCAGGGUAUAUUUUAGGUAAAAGUAAAUCUUCAGGUUUCGGUUGCAACUGAUCAUAUGACGCUGGGUUACAAAAUUCACAGACCGCCACCAACAACUAAUUAUGGUACUUGUUGUUAGCUAUUUUAGUGCUCGACAUUAACCGGAGCAAACAAGGACCGAAGUCAUAAUACUUUCCGAAUGCGAUAUCCAUGUUAUAUAGCUGAAUAGGGUGUUAAUACUGUUAAACAAGCAGCCACACACACACGUGUCGCUACACAAGUGAGAAUCUUUAACGCUACCUUAAACCCCAUUUUACCUCAUCUCGAGAAUUCACAAACAGGGCCCGCCAUAUAGCUGGAAUAUUGCUGAGUGCGGCGUAAAACUAAACUCACUCACAAACAGGGAUUCAUGUGGAUUCCAUGCUUCGCCUUUCUUAUAUUCUGGGCGCCAUUGCAUUCUUCUGCCGCUCCAUUAUCCGCGGCUUGGGAUCACAGAUUCACACAGGAUUAUGAUCCUUGGUCUGUCACCAUCACUCACUUUGUACUUGUGAAAUAUUCCCAGGCGCACAAUAUAAUGUCGCUGUGUCUGUUUUAUUAUUAAAUCGUGUUUCUACACCAGUGAAUGGUCAUCAUAAAACUGUAAA